GAAAUCCCCGCGUAUCUCUGUCAUGAUGAUUAUAGAAGAACAGGAUUAAGGGCAGUCAUCCCUGUUAGGCUGGAGGCGUGGUUUCACCGCAUGAUUUCAAAGAGCUCCAUCCACGAGCGCAGCUAGAAUGGAGCCUUGUUACCAUAGACCAAAUUAUACACAAUCUUGGCCACCUCUCUUCAUUUCCUGAACCCCAAUUACUCGGAUUGCGACUACAGGGUCAACCGGGUUCAGACCACAGCACCCCUUACUCCAGCGGACCGUCGCGAACGAAUACACCUCGUGCCGAAUGGCGGCAAAGUGUCCGUGGUCAACCCUUGAGCUCGGAAGCUGUGCACAAUCUUGGUGAUACAGGUAAGAAUACGACACCGAUGAUGUUCAAUCGACAUGGCUACCAAGUCGUCCUUUUUCUCUAUCCAGCUUACAUUGUCACCAACAACGAAUCUAGGAGCCCUUCGGUCGAAAAUAUCGAAUAUUGAGGCGCCACAACCGCUGAAUCGCACGCUUCCAUCCCUACCUUCCUUAGCUUCCUCCCUCGCAACGAAAGACUCUCACCCCGGGUCACCACAAAUUCUUCAGACCCCAGAUCCCGCGACUAAUAACGUGCAAGUACAGUAUCUUCGCCGCGAAGUCAGUGCCAAGAACGUUGCAUUACAGGCCCUUCAACGCGACUACGACAACCUCCUCGCCAAUGCGAGCUUUCAACAAACCCAUCAUCCGGCCAGCACCACCGGUGCCGAUGCUCCCAGCUCGUGGGCUGAAGAGAGGAUAAACCUCCAGUACCAGGUGGGAGACUUACAGGCCCAAGUGAACGAUCUGAUCAAGACGCGCGAGGAGGCGCAAAAGGAGUCGAUUGCAAGUCGCAACCAAUACCUGCAAAUCAUGUCCAUGUCCUCUCAACUCCAAACUCAAACCGCAGCCGACGUGAAACGAUGGCAGGCGGAAAAGGAAGAGUGGGAGAAACAACGCCUGAACCUGCUACGCACAAUCCAACGGCUUGAACGGCAGGUUCGAAGGACUGGGACAGGCGCCGACGAGGAUGAACAGCACGUAGACGACGGGUCGGUGAAUCAUCUUCUGCGUGGUGAUAUUGAAAAACUCGAGCAGAGCUGUCGCUUUCUCGAGAACCGCAUGCGAGAAUUAGACCAGGAAACUGCCCAAUUAGAUGGGGCUUUGCGGACGGCAUUGCAUAUUUCUACCUCACUCCGGGAAAAGCUAGACCAGGCGCGAUCUGAGUCGCGGGCAUAAGCCAUUAAUACUUAUAACGGCCAUAAAUAAUGAUUCAUGAUACGUGCAAGCAGUUGCGGUCCUCUAUGAUCCUGUUAUAACGUGAUAAUAUAAUAAGAUCUAUUGGCUCGUCGCCUUGCCUCACUAGCUGUCACAAGCACGAACAGUACAUACAAUACGACUCCAUUUCCGACGCCGAUUUAGAUUCAUCACAAACGAGAGGCUGCCUGACGGGCCAAUAAUGUCCUGCUGCACUGUCACUUUAAUUGCAGAUAUAACUAAUACAUUACCAUUAUAACGAUUAUCUGCGUGUCAAGACUCAAGACAACCGUCAAGUCACAUCGGUGAACUGUUGCUCCUACUAGUCU